UUUGUUUGGUUUGUAGGUCAAUAUGGAAAGUACCAAACCCUGUUUUUAGCUCAUGUUACGUGCAUGGCAAGAGUAGCUGAGAAUUGCAGUUGUGGAAGAGUUUUCCCAAAGUGUCAGCUCACAGGGGUGUUGGCAUAAAUGAGGUAUUAGGAAAGUUAAUGUUGAAAUCAAAGCAGCUGAUAUUUUCGCGUAUCUGUUUGCAUAUUGUAUGUAUUUGUUGACCAGUAAUUGAGGUUCAUCUAGAACAUAAGGUAAUGAAUUUUAAGUCCUGUAUAUUUUCUCUGUGAUUUUGAGAUUAGCCUAAGUCCCUAAGUUCUAUGAGCUUUACAUCAGAGAACUUCUCCAAAUCAUACCCUGAUAUGCCCGAUGAGCACAAUUGUUAGUACAUCCCUGUGUUCAAUUCUGUAAUGCAAAAUAAAUCAUUUUUGCUUCUCACUCAAAUGUACUGUUUUAUGAGCAGGUAACACUACCUUAAAUAGCCAUUAUCAACUAAUAGAUUAAUGCUGAUCUGCUUUUCUCCAGUGUUUAAUAAACACUGAUCAGAUUUGGAUAAGUCAACAAGCAAAUCUCAAAAGUGACAGGAAUAAUGAGUAUAUGUUGAAUGAUCAUAUUGUUUGAUUUUGCUUUUCAUGGAAUUGUUAUUUUAGAGAAAAUGUAGGUUCCAUAGAAACUGGGAACGAUUCUAAUUAAUUGAGUAGAAUGGUCUUUGGAGCUGUAAAUGUGUAUCUUAUGCAGGUACCAUAAACAUCAGGUAUUUUCUCGAUUCACGUAGGCAUGAAUGUACCAAUAGCUGAGUAAGCUAUUGGUGUAAGCUUGAGUUCAGCCUUAGGGCCUCAGCUACCAGCCAUUUGUCCUGCUGCUCUUUGAGCUGUGGUGGAUAAUCUGGCCGAAUAUAAAAAAGACCCUACUGAAUUUUAGGAAAUUAAAAGUUUUAUUUAAAAAAAAAAAGCUGAAAGCAAAGCUUUAUUAUCUCCUUUCAGGCCUUUCUCUACCCAGGGUAUUAUAGGAAUGUGUUACUGUAGGCCCCAUUUUCAGGACAGCCACCAGCAGAAUUCCCCAUUUCUCCCAUUGGCUCUUUGCAGUGUUGCCCACACUGUUGGCUGCUCUAUUGAGCCCUUUAUGUAACCUUCUCCUGCCCUGUGCUUGCUCUCACCUGGCAGAACUGGCCAGGCUCUCAAGUGUUUGCCUUACAAUUCCCCCUGUGCUCAUGCACACAGUUUGCAAUGGAUGGCUCUCUCCAUCACUCCUGAAAAACACACCUCCAAGGAGUUUUGUACAGUGCAAGCAUGAGUUUUAUGUCAAAUUGGUUCAAUGUGGACAGAAUUAAGCGUGUAAAAACAAAAUACUGCAUGGUUGUAGAGUGGCAAAAAGCAGCCAAGAAGGGCUUAACAUUUACUAUAGGGAGUCUGAAAGGUGCCUGUUGUUACUCUUGAUGUUUAGUUUUUGUGAUUCAGCUCUUCAACUUGCUCUAAGAUUGUGAUAGAAGAAGAAAGAAACUUGACCUUGACCUCAGGGGUAUGGCUUGACCCCAGUGUUACUUCUUUUCUUUUUCUCAUAAUACCUUCCUUAUGUUUAAGUAAAGUUUUAACAGCCAAAUCACCUGACCCCACAGCAGAAGGGGGCUUAGCCUAGUGAGUGCCACACAGAAUUUUUAUUCUUUUGAAGGGAAAAAAAUGCCUUCUGGUAGGCAGCCAGCAAGUGAAGUCAGGUGGAAUUUGCCUUCACUUGAUUAUAAUCAGCUUUGUCCCUUUGUUGAUGUCACCUCAGCUAUAUGCUGUUGCCACCUUCUCAUCCGACCACUUUCUGUCUUAAAGCUCAGCAGGGAAAAUAAACUGAGGCCAAAACAACAUAUGGAAGUGUCUUGGCAAGAUCUGGCUGUUCAUUUGAAGUGUUUCUCUUUUUUCUGUGGGUAGGAGAUGAAGUCAGACCUGUUUUGUUUUGUAGAUAAGGAUCAUUAUUUUUAGACGGGCGACAGUUCUUAACCUCUGCAUGUAAUCUGCUCAGACAGAGCCACGCAAGGCGGCAGGUUUGCAUGAACUGUCUGUGAGGCUCAGUCACUGAUGUUGAGUAUACCCUGAGUUUUGGAGGUGUGAAUGCUCAAAGCACUGAAUUAUGUGGUAAUUUAAAGCUCAACAUCUCAUGUUCAUCUGCAUCAAAAUCUUUUAGGCAUGGCAGAUUUGUGAUAAAAGCUUUUCAUAAAACCAGUUGUUGGUCUGCUGGUGUUCAAUGUCAACUGGGGGAGAUCCAGGCCUGUCUUGCUGAAAUGCCCCUGAGUUGAAGAGUGCAUGUAUUGCAGACAGGAAUCUCUGCAUGUUCCCAGCAGCCAGGGACAGUUGCAUGCUGAGGGAAUCUUGGUACGUUUAAAGGUUAUAUCAGGGCCCAUUCUGAAAAACACCAGCUGAACCAUGUGCGUUUGGUACUGCCAGUGGGAAGGUUUGCCUAGGAUGUCAUCCCUCAGCUAUACAUAGUAAACUCAAAGCUUCUUACAGAGAAACCUCUUACCAGUCACUUUCCACAAAUGGUGCCUAUACCUAAAGGUACUUAAUGAAAAUCCUUGAGAGGUAUUUAAUGCAAAAGCAGUUAGUCUCUCUGGUGUUUUUCAGAAGCCCUCACAUACCAUCAGCAGGGAGAAGUGCAGUGCAGCUACAGCACAGCUCCUGGGGCAGUUACUCAUUUUGUCUGAACCAGGCUCUGCCACCUCAAGGACUUGACAAGAUGUGUGACCUGGGGGGGCUCGACAACCUGAUUGCCAACACUGCCUACCUGCAGGCAAGGAAGAGUGGAGAUGGAGACACGAGGGAAAUGCAAAAGAGGCGUAGGAGCCUCUCGCUGCCCAAGAUUGAUGAGUGCAAAGAGCACAGAGAGUCUGUUGCUGGUGAUUAUGAUAACAUCUGUGAACAGCAGCCCAUUGGCAAGAGAUUCUUCAGAGAAUUCUUAGAGACAGUGCCAGAAUAUUUGGUAGGUAGGGACUUCCUGGAUGAGGUGUCAAACUGGGAGUUGGCAGAUGACAAUGCCAAGAACAGUAUCAUGGAGAAUAUUUUCACCAAUUUUCUUAAGGAAGGCGCUAAAAACUAUCUGUCUUUCAUGAGCUCUGACUUGGUCAGCAAAUGCAAAGCAGCUACUGCAAAAGACUAUGAGAACAUCAUGCAGCUGGCCAAGGAGGAAACCAAAGGCUUCUUUAAAGACAAGCCCUUCCGGGACUUUAUGAACAGCCCCUUCUAUGACAAAUUCAUCCAGUGGAAAGUGUUUGAGAAGCAACCAGUAACUGAAAAAUAUUUCUCUGAGUUCCGAGUGCUGGGCAAAGGUGGCUUUGGAGAGGUUUGUGCCAUCCAGGUCAAAAAUACUGGCAAGAUGUAUGCCUGCAAAAAGCUGGAUAAGAAAAGGUUGAAAAAGAAAUGUGGAGAGAAGAUGGCACUGCUGGAGAAAGAGAUCCUGGAGAAGGUCAACAGCCCUUUCAUAGUCACACUGGCUUACGCCUACGAGACCAAAACCCACCUGUGUCUUGUUAUGAGCCUCAUGAAUGGAGGGGAUCUGAAAUAUCACAUCUACAAUGUGGGAGAAAGGGGUUUGGAAAUGAAAAGGAUCAUCUUUUACUCAGCGCAGAUCACCUGUGGGAUUCUGCAUCUGCAUUCCAUCAAAAUUUUGUACCGGGAUAUGAAACCAGAGAAUGUCCUCCUGGAUGAUAAUGGGAAUUGCAGACUGUCUGAUCUUGGAUUGGCAGUGAAAGUCAGAGAGGGAAAAAGCAUCACCCAGAGGGCUGGGACAAAUGGUUACAUGGCUCCAGAAAUCCUGAAGGAAGAGGACUACAGCUAUCCCGUGGACUGGUUUGCUAUGGGGUGUUCUAUUUAUGAGAUGGUUGCUGGGCGAACACCAUUCAAGGAUUUCAAAGAAAAGGUCGAUAAGGAUGAGGUUAAAAGAAGAACUCUGGAAGAUGAGGUGAAAUUUGAACAUGCCGGCUUUACAGAGGAAGCAAAAGAUAUUUGCAGGCUGUUUUUGGCUAAGAAAAAAGAGGACCGUUUAGGAAGCAGGAAUGAAGAUGAUGACCCAAGAAAACACAGCUUCUUCAAAACAAUAAAUUUCCACAGGUUAGAGGCAAACCUUGUUGACCCUCCAUUUGUGCCAGAUCCAUCAGUUGUCUAUGCCAAAGACAUUGCAGACAUUGCUGACUUCUCUGAAAUACGAGGAAUUGAGUUUGAUGACAAAGACAAGAAAUUCUUCAAAAAGUUUGCGACAGGUGCUGUCCCUAUACCCUGGCAGGAAGAAGUCAUUGAAACAGGACUGUUCGAUGAACUGAAUGAUCCCAACAGAGUAGUUACUGGAGGUUAUGCAAACGGAGGGGAAGCUAAGUCAGGAGUUUGUUUGUUGUUGUAAUUAUAUCAUUACCAUAAAGAGUAGAAGCCACCUCAGAACUUUCCAUAUUCUGACUCUGUUUCAGAAAAUCAGUACACCUGUUUGAGAAGAGCCAGCCAGUGAAAUGUGACAUUGACAGCCUAUGUAGAGUCACCAGCUGAAUAGACUGUAUUGUUUUCCUUUGCUCUAAGAAAGAAGGUAUUUUUGUGUUACUGGAGAUGUAUCAAAUGAAGAACCAUAUUUCUCUAAGAAGCUUAGAAUAGAAUACUGAAAUACAAAAAUCAAUGAUAGAGCGAAGAGACAACAGCUUUUGAAAGUAACUGAUUACUGUUUUGAAUACAAUGAUUCAUUGGUUUUCUCUCUUUUUUCUUGUUAUUUCUUCUAACAUUUCCUUUUUGUUCUACAGUUUUCAGGAAGGAUUUUUUAAUUUUCAAGUAAUCUCAGUCAUUGGAGCUCAUAUACCCUUGUCAAACUUGGAAUCUUUUUGGUAGCCAGUCUGUCUGUUAAAUUCUGUUAGUUUUUGGGUGGUUUAUUGUAAUAUGUUCAAAUUGUCAUAAGAUAUAAAGGAAACUCUACAUAUCACUUGGAAAUAAGAACAACAGGAUCAAACUCUUUGCAAAAGUGAUUUUAAUGGAGUGAAGAUAAGAUUGCACCAAUUUAAUGGAAUAAAGCAUUUAUUUAUUAUAAUUAAGUGUAUUCUUAUAAGUGAUAAUAAUAUAUACAAAGAAGAUGUAUUUAAAAGUAAAUACACAUUCUUUUUGGCAAUUUUAAACUUAUAUCAGAUUUCCUCAAUUUUUUUCUUUGUUUUGGUGAUAAAUUAAGCUACAGAUAGAGCAAAGAAAUUUAUAAUUGACUUUUUACAAGACAUUUAUUUCAGUGUAAUAUAGAUUUUAAUUCAAGUUGUAAAAUGCAUUAUACUAUUAAGUCCUGUAAUGGUGCAAAAGGCUAUGUGUGCAAGUGGAAACUAUCUACUAAUGUUUAUUGGUUCUCAUGCAAAUUUUCAAGUGUUUUUAUUUUUCAAUUUGAAUUACUUGGGAAUAUUGCUAUGAAUACUUGCUAGUGGUAAAGUUUAUUACUCAUGAGAUGCCUCCUGCUGAUUUUCUGUGAUAAGAAAAUAGGCACUUGUUCUUUACACAACUUAUAAAACUGAUCCUUCACAUGCUGGUCACUGUCAUCUCUCCAUAAUUUCCAUUGAUUAAAGUGCAAGUGGAAACUGCUUCA